AAUGCCUUAAAAGCAUGUUUAAUCUGAACUCAUCUCCCCAAAUCGAUGAACCACAGUGGAAGGUCAGUGUAAUUUUAGUAUACGACAAAGCGGGUCAGAAUAUUAUUUCUCCUCUUUUCACGAUCAAAGAGAUUAGAUCUCAUGGGAUUACUUUGCAUUUUACCAGGCUAUUGAAUUCACACAGAGAGACCAUACCAGAUGUUCCAGCUGUAUAUUUUGUAUAUCCAUCACAGGAAAAUGUUGACCGGAUCUGUAAAGAUUUGCAGAACAACCUUUAUGAAUCAUAUUUUUUGAAUUUCAUCAGUCCAAUAUCUAGAGAUCAUCUUGAAUCUCUGGCCCAUGCUGCCUUAGCCCAUGAUUGCGUGCAAAAAAUAUCCAAAGUUUUUGAUCAGUAUACAAAUUUUAUCUGCCUAGAAAAUGAUCUUGUACUCCUCCAACAGCCUCAUCUUCAUUCUUCUUCAUUUUACAUUUUUCUUUUUCUUUUUGAUUACCUUGUUGGAGCAUUUUUGAAUUAG